GGUACGGCAAUACAAUCACAAAACCACGUAGUAAAGGGAUACAUUUUCCGCUAACACUCUUAAAUUUUAAAUUUGACAUCCGCAACUUAAACCAUCCGAGAGCAGUUGACGAAGAAAACUUGAUUGACAAAGCGUCCACCAUGUCUUCACUUUGUGUUCUGUCUGUGACGUUUGUUGCCAUUUGCCGGUCUUGUACUUUUGAUCAGUCUUGUAAACAAACUUAUAUAUAUGAAGCUGCUACUCUGGAUCCAUGCGCUGCUGCCAAUACAUACAAAGCAUGUGUAACUACAAUGACGUCAACCUGUACAGAUGCACAGAAAGCAGAAGGAGAUUUCAAAAUAGCUAUUGACGAAUCGGACGCCUAUAUAAUAAGCAACUGUAAUGCAGGACCUCCCCCUCUACCACCAGGAGACGGGGGUGCACCAACUAAUUGUUACAGUGCAACAUGUGAAAGCACUUACAUGGCAAAUGUCGCACAGGGGGAUGCGUGUGCGGUAGCAGAGACUUUCGUGAAUUGUGUAGGACAGAUGAAAGCUGCUUGCGGUGCAACUAUUCCGCCAGAGGUUACCACAACCGAAGGAAACGCACAAGCGGCUCAAUCUGAGAAAUGCAGCGGACCUCCGGUGCCACCCCCACUAUCACCAUCAUGUAGUGAUUGUGACUCUUAUAAACCCAUCAUACAAAAUCUAAUGAUGCAGCCUGGUGUCCUACCAUCUACCCACUGUCCUGUCCGAGCAGAUCAUCUAGGGUGUCUACAUAGAUGUGGCGCUCAACAAUCUGUGAUAGAUGCUGUCGCCGCGGAAAAUUUGAUUUUUUGCCAAAAUUAUAUAAAAGAAAAUUGUACGAUAUUAUAUAUGCAUUGUGAUAUUGGCUUACCAGUACUUCAUCUACAAAAUCCAACUUCUGUUUGCGAUUUUUGGUAUAUUUGUGCAGCCGAAGAUUUCAGUCUCUGUGGUGAAAGAUUAAGCUAUAACUAUUCUGCUCAAUGCGACCCAUUAAAACCACCAGUCCCACCACCUCAACCAACCGAUGGGAGCAGCCCACCCCCAGUCCCACCACCUCAACCAACCGAUGGGAGCAGCCCACCCCCAGUUCAAGGACCUCAACCAACCGAUGGGAGCAGCCCUUCACCGGGAGCUCAACCAUCUGUAAAUAACGACAAAAACAGAACGCCAACAUUAGGUCCAGUUAUAGUUGUGAUGAUCACGACCUUGUUAGCGGCCUUCUUCUGUUCAAAACAUUGAUUUAAUAAAUCGAAUACACCAGUAACAAUACACAAAAUGGAUUACAUCUACCCAACCAUUCAGCUUUUAUUGUACCAAACAUGGUUAGACUUUUGAUUCUUGACGAACUUUCACGUCAUAGGAAUCAAACAAUCUUUUUAAAUCGCAGUUCUUAUUUCGUUUUUUUUUUAAUAGUUAAAAUUUUAUUGACAAAGAACAGUUUUUAUUGUUUGGUGUCGGUGAUUAGCUAGUGACAUGACCUGUUUACUUCACCUUUAUUUGCUGUGUGCAUGAAAUUCUGGAAGACACCUUAAGAGUGGAAGAGAACAGCACAAAACAUGAUGAAUUAUGAAUUAUUUGCGUAAUUGUGUCGAGGUUCACCUAUGUGAUCCUAGGCGUGAUCUAUGACACAAGCUGCUCAGAUCUGGGUGGAGUGGAGGCCAUCGAAAGUAUAAAGACGAAAAGUUGAACGCCAUCUAAAACCCCCUCAUUUGCAAUGUAUAACCCUUUUCCAAAUCUAAAACAUUGAAAUUUUAAUCAACGGAAAGCCAAAUCUAAACCUUUGCAAUUUUAAUCAACUGAAAGCCUAAUCAUGUGACAAUGAAGGGGCUGGUCCCCUUUGAUCCUAGGUUAAGGCCUUUGGUCUUGUUCUAGAUUAUAGCAUAUCUAUAAAUUGCUAAAUUGUUGUAAUUCCGUCAGUAAACUGUAAUUGGCUAAAAAUUAUUAUUUCAUUGAUUCCAUGUGUUAAUUUGACUUGCGGGUCGACAAGCUUACAUGGUUACAAAUUUUACGUCUAUAGAUAAAGUCCGUAUUGAGGUAACACAGAUUUUAUGUUCUACUGUCGACACGGUAUCCCAAUAUUUAAACUAAAACUAAUAAACAAGUCUAUUUUAAUUCCGCUUAGUUUGACCUGUUAUUAAUAGAUAUAACACAUCCUCUGAUUAAUUUAUCACAACCACUCAAUUAUGAAAUUUCUUAUUGGUGGCUACUUUAACUGUGUAAUCUAUGCGGGCGUUUAUAUAUUUAUUUUCUUUGAGUGUAAAAUACAUAAUUAAACGGGGGGUUGGAUGGCUGAAUGGUUAGCGUUCGCGCGCUGUAUCAUUAAGUCUGUCAUUGAGUCGACUGGCGUGGUUUCGAAUCCCCAGUUGUACGUGGCAAGGAGUAGGGUCGCCUGUCCAACCUCGUGGGUUUUCUCCGGGACCUCCGGUUUCCUUCCACUGCUAAAGACCCCUACGCGCAAGCGAAUUAUGUAAAUAAAAUUAAACCAUAUGUUAGUCCCGAAAUGACCUAGUUUGUGUCGAGUGGACGUUAAACCCCAUUUCUCCCUCUCUCUCUCUCUCUCUCUCUCACAUAAUUAAACCGAAUCGCUUUGUCUUCGGAAAAUGGCAGAUUAAAUUACAAUGUAUUUAUCAAGAUUUUAAAGCAAUUCUAAAUACAUUUUAUGGAAAAGCUUCGGGUAUACGCUAUUAGAACUAUUGGAUUUUGAAUUUUACACUCACUGUAGGAUUGAUUGGUUGCCAUACCCAGGUUUGAACUAUAAUGACGUUAAACAUUUUAAAAAACUUGUUUAUAUUAAUCAAAUAUAUAUAAUAACAUUUAUUUAUGUUUAAAAUAUAUUUAUUGUUUAAAAUCUCAAUUUUAUUUUUCUUAUCAAAAAUCCCUUUUAUACUAUAUAUUUAUGAAUUUGUUGAAUAAAAUUAUCUGCGGCAGUGA